GGCGAGAGCUCUUCAAGUGGUUCCGAACCAGCUCUGUGUCAGACAGCUUCUCCUGCCUCAACCAGGACCAGGACGACUUCGAGGUGGACGAACCGACCUGCAGCGCGAUGUCGGCGGACAUGGCGCGCUUCUCCAUCAUGUCCAACGARAGCGGCAUCGAAAGGGACCUGCCCUCCAGCUUUGACACAUCUCCAACUACCUCUCAGGACAACCCCUGCUUAAGUUCAUCYUGGGAAAAAAGUGAACAAGAUCCGGUGAGGCUGUCUCGGCGAAAAUGCAUUAAACUCAAACUGUCUGCAAAAGAUGGCAUAGCGCUCAUGCAAGAUGCCCUGGAGGACCAAGCCAACAUCACAGGAGCUAGAGGGAAGGGAGGAAGGGCCACCCUCCAGAGGCAGGCAGGGGCUAGCAUGAUGCAGAACCACUUCCCAAAGCAGCAGAGACACUUUACUGCCAGGAUAGUUGUCCUGGGGGACGACCGGGUGGUGGGCCGCCUAGCUAAGGCCUAUUACCAUUACAGGAAAAGAGAAGCUCGGCGACUUUGUCUCACAAUGAAAUUCAACCUCCAGUUUUACUACAUUCCUGUCCGGGCAGCUUCAGCUCUCACUUCCUCUGCAAAGGUAAAACUUCAUCAGACCAAGGGGAACCCCUGCACUCUUGGUUCUUACUUGAGCAACGUGGACCCGUGGUACAACUGUAACAUCAACAGUUUGGGCAGCACCAUUCAUAAACUGGCUAAAAUGCAUCAGUUGAACCCUGGGAUACCAAAAGACCCCUUCAUCUCUGACGUCAUUUCCUACUACGUCCGCACCGGCCAGCAGCCCGUCUACUUCACCAUCUACUUUGUGAAGAUUACAUUUACCAGUGAAACAAAAGAGCCUGUGGAAGAUGUCUUCCUUACCCAUCUGGAGUUGGACUUCCCAGAAUUCAGACAAAUCCCAGCUUCAGUUAGAGAUAAAAAGAAGAGCUCAGCUGAAGUCUGUGGAGCUGUUYUCUCUAUGAAUUACAAAAAGGUGACAUUAAGUGGCCGAGAUGUUGAUGUAGGACUUUCAGUUCGAACGUCAGGUGCUGUGAUCAGUGCCAUUCCCUACAAUGAAGCAGAAGAUUUGAACUGUUUGACUCUGACGCUGAACGAAGCUCCAACAAAAACAAAAAACCAAAGUGUGAGCCAUCUACAACAGAAAUCAAAGAUUCGGACCAYUAAUAUUAAAAUUCGUACUUUGGAGAAACGAUCUUUUACUCUGACUCUGGACAGAGAAAGUCGGAGGGCCUACAGAGAUGUCCAGAGCGUCGAGAUCUGCCCUUGUCUGGAUCCCGGAUACCGUGUUCAGAAAACUGUGAGGUCCAGAUUCAGCUUGGGAGGAGAGAAGGACGCUGGACUCACUAAGUACAUGAGCAAAGCCCUUCCUCUACCAAUUAACACAUUUGCUGGCAUCAUCAACUGACGUCCCACCAUCCUCGCUGCGCUUCGAGCUGGACCGAGGCUCCUCUGACCAAUGGGACACAUGAAGGAACAAAAGAAAUCCUCUUUGAAACUUAAGCUGCUUCUGGAACCCAAAGACUUCCCACCUGUCUGUCUGUUUCCACUGAUUAAUUUAUGAUCAACUUAUAACUUAUAAGCAACAGACCCAGUAAGAUGACUGAACACUGACAGUGGUGACAAAUCAUGACAGCUGGUUUUACAGAAACUGUUUCACUCCCAGUGCAUACUUUAACCAUGACGCACAGUCAUUAACUGGAUCUUUACAUAUUGGCAAAGAACAAUAUCUCUUGUGGUAACGGAGCAACCAGCAGAGAUGAUGAAGCUAAUAUGCAGCCGCAGUGAAAGCAGACGACCCCGCUGAGCUGCAGGGUCAGCGCUGAGGGGCGGGGUCAGCGCUGAGGGGCGGGGUCAGCAUGAAUCAUAUUCUAAACGGUGCUUCAGUUUGCUUGAGAUGGAGUCGAUGCACUUGUUGCUCGGCUCGCUCCGGAGCAGUGUUAUCGACACGUGGUGCCGCUGGGAGAGACACCCACCGCCGUCCAGAAAUGUCCAAACAAGGGGUCCCAGUUUGCAAACAAAAAUGCAGAGGUCUCUUUUAGGGUGAGUGGGUUAGCACUUCAAUUCAGCCAGCAGAAACAGAGCAACUUGCUGCAGUUUUAAGGACUGGAACUCUGCACUUUUUUUUUUGUUUGAAAUGAGAAAGCUGAGAAGUAAAACAACUAAAAAUAAAUAAAAAAAAUGUUCAGCCACCUUUUCUGAAAAAGACAGCAAAGAGAGCAUGUCCUGUUUUAAACAUGGAACAGAUAAAUGAUGCUUAUUAAUCAUGAUGUGAUCAUCUACAUCUGUUUCAGAUAUAUCAUUUGAAAAGUUGAUUUCUUUUAAACACUUGUGAGCAGGCUUUUUAAAUGUACACCCCCACAGCCAUAAUGUCCAUCUGUAACGACCUCAGGAACAGGAUCUGAUGUGUAAUUAGUUGGACGAUAAAUAUCUGACAUUUUAAGUGUGUGUGUGUGUGUGUGUGUGUGU